GUGUCUGACUCAAGCUGCCAGCUUCCACUUCUGUCUGUCUGCGGCUGCACUUUCAGAUGAUCGCGACACUUUUAAAGCGAAUUGACAGAACUGAAUCCUCGCGGAGAGAUGAGUUUCUACAGCGAUGCGUCUUCCGAGGACCCGAGCGAGCUAGAGACUUUGGGGUGGUACCACUAUGACCUGUCGCGCCAUGCUGCUGAGGCCCUUCUCUUGUCAAAUGGGACUGAUGGAAGUUAUCUCCUGAGAAACAGUAAUGAUGGACCGGGCUGCUUCGCCCUGUCUGUCAGGGCGAAGGAUUCUGUCAAGCAUUUUCACGUGACGCGCAGAGACAACAGCUACGUGUUUGGGUUUAACGAGUAUGCAACCCUUCAAGACUUUGUCAACCACUUCGCUAACCAGCCUCUGCUGGGCAGUGACACAGGAACCCUCAUCGUGCUGAAGUGCCCGUACCCGUGGCGUGUGGAGGAGCCAUCCAUCUACGAGUCUGUGCGAGUUCACACAGCGUUACAGUCAGGCCGCACAGAAAACGAUCUGGUGCCCAAUGCACCAUCGCUGGGCACAAAGGAAGGCUAUCUGGUGAAACAAGGAGCUAUUGUGAAGAGCUGGAAACAGAGAUGGUUCACACUCAACAGAUAUGAACUCAAAUACUUCAAAGACAAAAUGUGUGAGGAGCCCAUUCGAACCCUGGAUCUGAAGGCCUGCUCUGCAGUGCAGUUUGACUACUCUCAGGACAGAGUCAACUGUUUCUGCCUUGUGUUUCCCGAGAGGACAUUUUAUCUUUGUACAAAGACGGGUGUGGAGGCAGAUGAGUGGAUCAAAAUCCUGAGGUGGAAGCUGUCACAGAUAAGCAAAGGUCGAUGACUGCUGUCAGUGGACUCCCUGGAGAUGGAAAGAAGACGUCCCAGAUACUCUGCUGGAGGAACAAUGAAGAACAGCACCAUUGAAAACUGAAGAGUAAACUCCAAUAUGAGUUACAGUGGCACACAUUGUACUGACUGGAGGCUAACUACUUAGCCUUAUGAUAGGCCAGAGAUAAGUGGCAUGUAAGCGGUCUUACUUUGCUGCUGUUCUUACCCAGAGUUGUUCCUAGCAUGUUUAAAAUGAUCAUUUACUUUAACAACUAUUUACUUAAAAGGAUGUUGCUAGCAUUAUUUUAUAAAACC